GGAAGUCAUCUUAUACGCCGGCAUUUACGGUAAAUGUAUAUAAGAAUUAAAAGCUUGAAAAAAAGAAUCAAGAGUCUGCUUAGGCAUUUUGGGAAAGUUGGACUUGAGAUGCAAUGAAGAUAAGGCCCUGGGUACACACAAGCAUUCUCUAAUAUGCAGGCAACACCUGGGUUUUGCAACAAAGCGAACUAGCAACUAUACGAUUGUUGCUUCCUUUAGAGAAAAUGUGAAAUGCUGGGUUCACACAAGGAAACAAAAGAUCACAACUUUGAUAUUUAUUAACCCAUUUAAACUUGGAUUAAUCUCUGUUUCUAUUUUGUCUUCCUAGGGAGCUAAUGCCACCACCAGCACCAGCAGCUGCUGAACCUCCAGCCAAGGCUCCAUCUGAACCUCCAGCUCCGGCUCCAGCUCCGGCUCCGGCUCCAGCUCCAGCUCCAGCUCCGGAGCCUAUUAAAAAGGCCAGCUCAAAGAAAUUGUCUGAAAAAGAGUCUCCCAUGAGUGAAAUUUUUCCAAACACUGAAUCUGAAAAAGAGACUCCCAUCAGCGAAACUCCUCCGAAGACAGAACUUCAGAAACAGAAGAAGAAGGCACUUCAAAGAAAACAAGUUCAGAAGAGGGAGAGGAAGAUGAAGAAGACUAAUCUUACUUAUCUAGAGUACUGUUUAUUAUUAAAUGUUAUAUUAUUAAAUACAUUAUUGUUAUGCACCUUUUAUUGUUAUUCUUAUCUUGAGGUUUAAAAACAUUUCAGAAUAGCCAUUCUCCCAUCUGGAGCAAAUGCUAUUGUGUUGGGCUAAGGUUCCUAUUACUCAUGGCCCUAGUGCAGUGGUUCUCAACCUGUGGGUCGGGACCCCAUUUGGGGUCGAACGACCAUUUCACGGGGGUCACCAAACAACGCAGUCCGCCAUU